AUGGAUACGCCGGCUGUGGACCUAGACAACAUCAUCGACCGGUUGCUGGAGGUCAGAGGCUCCAAACCGGGCCAGCAAGUGGAUCUGGAAGAACACGAGAUUCGCUUUCUGUGCUCGAAGGCGCGGUCCAUUUUCAUCAAACAGCCCAUUCUCCUAGAACUGGAGGCUCCUAUUAAAAUAUGUGGUGACAUCCAUGGACAAUACUAUGACCUGCUUCGUCUUUUCGAAUAUGGCGGGUUCCCCCCCGAAAGCAAUUACCUUUUUCUCGGCGACUACGUAGACCGUGGUAAACAAUCGCUAGAGACUAUUUGCCUCUUGCUGGCGUACAAAAUCAAAUAUCCUGAAAACUUUUUCAUUCUUAGAGGAAACCACGAAUGCGCUUCGAUCAACCGUAUUUACGGCUUCUACGACGAGUGUAAGCGUCGUUACAACAUCAAGCUGUGGAAGACUUUCACUGACUGUUUCAACUGUCUCCCCAUCGCUGCCAUUAUUGACGAAAAAAUCUUCUGCAUGCACGGUGGGUUGUCUCCAGACCUAAACACCAUGGAACAAAUAAGACGCGUGAUGCGUCCAACAGACAUCCCCGACGUGGGCCUACUGUGUGACCUGUUGUGGUCGGAUCCCGACAAGGACAUAGUGGGGUGGUCCGAAAACGACCGCGGUGUUUCCUUUACAUUUGGACCCGACGUGGUUAGUCGUUUUUUGCAAAAACAGGAUAUGGAAUUAAUCUGCAGAGCCCACCAAGUGGUAGAAGAUGGAUACGAGUUUUUCAGUAAGCGUCAGCUGGUCACGUUGUUUAGCGCACCCAACUAUUGUGGAGAGUUCGACAAUGCCGGUGCCAUGAUGAGCGUGGACGAAAGUCUGCUCUGCUCUUUCCAGAUUCUGAAACCAGCCCAAAAGACGUUGCCCAGGCCACAGGGCAAAAAGAAGAAAUAA